CGGAAGUUGGCGGACCCAGUGGGGCCUUUCGUAAUGCUGGAGUACAACGUGGGUUGCAAUCAUGCCGAAAUCCAAGCGAGAUAAAAAAAUAUCCUUAACAAAAACAGCAAAGAAGGGAUUAGAAGCAAAACAAAAAUUAAUUGAAGAGCUGCGUAAAUGUGUGGAUACAUACAGGUAUCUCUUCAUAUUUUCUGUUGCCAAUGUGAGGAAUAGCAAAUUAAAAGUUAUCAGGACAGCAUGGAAGCACAGCAGGUUUUUCUUUGGAAAAAACAAAGUAAUGAUGGUUGCUUUGGGAAAAGGAUGUGAAGAUGAGUACAAGGAUAAUUUGCACAAGAUCAGCAAGCGUUUGAGAGGAGAGGUCGGCCUAUUAUUUACUAACAAAACCCGUGAAGAUGUUCAAGAGUACUUCAACCACUUUAAGGAGAUGGACUUUGCCCGUGCAGGAAAUAAGGCCAGCAUGAAUGUGACUCUGGAUGAGGGACCACUUGAAAAGUUUCCUCACUCUAUGGAGCCUCAGUUACGGCAGCUUGGACUUCCCACAGCUCUGAAGAAAGGGGUUGUAACAUUGUUGUCCGAUUAUGAAGUUUGUAAAGAAGGAGAUGUUCUGACUCCAGAGCAGGCACGGAUUCUAAAACUCUUUGGAAUCCAAAUGGCAGAAUUUAAGGUGAAUAUAAGAUGUAUGUGGAAUUCAGAGACUGGGGAAUAUGAGCAGCUAAGUGAAGAAACUGAGGAAGAGGAAGAAGAACAGGAAAUGGAUGAAGAUGUUGAUGAGUGAAGGACAGAUGGAAUCUCCCUGUUCAGUCACAACCAACUGUCUUAGUGUUGAGCAUGAACACUUUGUUAAAACAGGGUUUUAUAUAAAAGCCUAACUUUCAUUUUUGUAUAAAUGUGCUGGUGGUUAAACAAAAGGAAAACUGACAGCGAUGUGGACUUUGAUCUGCUGAGCCUUUGCACUGAUCAGCAAUACCCAUAUUAAUUCCCAGCAUAAAUGACUCGUUUGGUGGUUGGCGUUUACAACCUGACAUUUUGUACUGAGAUAAUAAUCAGAAACUUGAAUAUAAAGGAAUCUACAAGCGAAACAAAAUUUUCCUAAUGAUAACUCUGACCCAUAUGUAAUUUGUUACACAUUUGUCUAGAAAUCAAGGCAGGUGGAAAGUUUGUUGUUUGUUUGGCUUAUUUUUUUCUUGGAAACUUUACAUCUUAGAGGGUUUUAUGAGCUUGGCAAUGUGUUUAUUUUCCCUCUGUGGAUCUUUGUUCCAAGAAGCCAUAAAGGAGAAAGAUCAGCAUGAUUUUUAUGAUGGACAGUGCUGUCUGGUAUGAAUUAUAUUAUGAAUGGAUUCAUGUUUCAUUACACUGUAGUUUUAGAUAUAGAAUGUUUUUUGCAACCUCAGUCUGACUUUUCUAGGGGAAAUAACACCUUGGAAAUCUGCUGUCAACAUGUAGCAAGACUGUAAAAAGAUUUGAAUAUUCAGUACAACCAAGCACAUGGUACCCAUGUAAUCAAAAUACUGUUUGAAUUUCAUCAUUAUUUGUGUUUGCCAUACUCAAACCAAAGUCAGUUUCUUUUAUUUUCAACAGUUGCUACUUGUCAAUAAAUGAAAUUUACUUGUUUAAAAAAAAUUACAAGAUAUUGUGGGAGGGCAAAAACUAAACUCUAAUCAAACCGAGGUUCUCAAAUUCAGUCAUAAAAGUAACACCGUGGCGGUAGGUUUUUAUUCCAACUGGUUUCCUAAAUAAAUAGGCUAGCUCGUUAAAUAA